CCCCCCCCCACCGGUCUCCCAAGGAUGGAUCAUUCCCAGUGCCUUGUGACUAUAUACGCCUUGGUGGUUCUGCUGGGUCUCCGGCUAGAGCAAGGCGCCUGCCAGCACUAUCUGCACAUCCGACCGGCUCCCAGCGACAACCUGCCCUUGGUGGAUCUAAUCGAGCACCCGGACCCUAUCUUUGACCCCAAGGAGAAGGAUCUUAACGAGACCUUGCUCAGGAACCUCAUGGGCGGACACUUCGACCCUAACUUUAUGGCUAUUACCUUGCCCGAGGACCGGCUCGGCGUGGACGAUCUAGCCGAGCUGGACUUGCUGCUCCGGCAGAGACCCUCGGGAGCGAUGCCCAGCGAAAUCAAAGGGCUGGAAUUUUACGACGGGCUGCAGCCGGGCAAGAAGCACAGGCUGAGCAAGAAGCUGCGCAGGAAGCUGCAGAUGUGGCUCUGGUCCCAGACCUUCUGCCCGGUCCUAUACACGUGGAACGAUCUCGGCAGCCGCUUUUGGCCCCGGUAUGUCAAAGUGGGCAGCUGCUACAGUAAAAGGUCUUGUUCGGUCCCAGAAGGGAUGGUUUGCAAACCUGCCAAGUCCGUGCAUUUAACGAUCCUGAGGUGGAGGUGCCAGCGCCGGGGGGGGCAGAGGUGCACAUGGAUACCCAUCCAGUACCCCAUCAUCUCGGAGUGCAAGUGCUCCUGCUAGGGCUUGCACUUCCCUUCUCCGGCGGACUCACGUGGACCUUUGCUGCAACAAAAAUAAAAGACAUUUGCUUUCUGGUUAACGUUGUAAUGCACUGUAACGUGUAGGAGAAUGUAUAUUGUGUGUAUAUAUGGCACCGUUUUAAUAUACUAUUAAAAGGUCAGUAUUAUACGUGAAAUAAUCAGCGUCUACUGUAUUUUUAAGACUAUUACCCUG